CUCGUGUUUAGAAAAGCUCAAUAAAUGCAAUUUGUUUGUUUGUUUAUUUAUAUAUUUUUGCUUGUCAUUACUUUUCAGUCGCUCAAACGAAACGCGUGGUGUGAACUGGUCGAAGUAUGGCGGCAGGACGAGGAGAGUUCUUUCGGAGUUUGAUGGCGGCUCUGGAGCGAAUUCCUUCCCAGCCGUGUCCAGGGAGGCUCCGUGAGUGUGGUGACCUUGAAAAACUAACGGGACAACGUGGAGCAGUGAUGAAAACGAGGAGAGAGCAGUUGAAGAAGUCACGUGGACCUCUCGUCAAGAUUCAAGGAUCAAAAACCGAGGGCUGUGGAAAGAUCCAUAUCGAAAGUUUGCCAACAGAGGCCUUAUUGAAGAUUGUGUCCUACCUGGAUGCUUCCUCCUUGUUCUGCGUCAGCAUGGUCAACAAGCUCUUCUACCGACUUGCAACAGAUAACCUCAUCUGGAAAAAGAUAUAUAUGGCUGAAUUUGGGUUUCAAACUUGGACUCCAAAGUUGGGGAAUGAAACAGUGGAGGUGAGGGAGGAGCCAGAAGUGAUGCCUGAUGGCCACUGGAAGAAGAUCUACUUCAGAGGGAUAACAGGUCAAGGACUGAUACAAUGGAGAAGAGAGCUAAAGGACAUCUGCCCACAUUUGGGCCUACCAGUUCAAACCAAAAGAGUUCUGAGAACUCUAGUGAACUGGGAGUUGAGCGUGAGUGAUUGCUUUGGGCAGACGAUGACAGUGGAGCUGAGCCAAACCUUCCUCCUCAGUUCCUCGAUGACCAUUUGCUGGAACGACUGUGAUUUUCUCAAAUAUCACAACAUCAGAAACAUCCAGCUCUACGGCGUGAAGAAACCUCCAGUAAUGGGCUGUCAAGUCAUGAAGUCCAAGUGGCGUUCUCUGAUCACGGCCCAGGAUGUGACGUCUCAUCCGCGUCAUAUAUUAGGGAAAGACAGAUUCGUCAAACUGAUAUUUCUGGCCCCAGCUUUUAUUGUUGGGGUCUGGAGGGGUCAUGACGUUGUUGCUUUCAUCAUGGUUGCUCUGCACUUUCACAGGCUGGUAGAGAGGAGUUUGCUGGGAUCUCCAGUCUGCGCGUAUGUGGAGCUGCCUAGCGAAGCUUAUGUGGGCAUGUCUGACCCUAACUUUGGUCUACAUGGCUACACUCUUCACUUUGCUCUCCACAACACAGUCACAGAAGUCAUGUUCGCCCAGUUCAACCAGCUUUCCUGUCGCAAAUAUCAGAUCCGGAGAGGACUGGUAGAAUUGAUGGCCAUUAGUGAGCGCAAACCCUCCCAGCAGAGGCCACUGUCUGGAGACUUACGGUUGUGCUGGAGAACCAAGACACUGGAGGGAUCAGUGAAGAAGUGCUGCUGGAUGACCCUAACCCUGCUGGAUGAGUUCCAGAAACCAGUCUGGUGCGUGAGCGCCCCCAGUGGCAUCAGAAUGGUGCAUCAAAAUUCAUCCUUGGUUGGCUGUGACGAAAACUUCCUGAUGGACUACAGGGACAGGGAGGGUGCAGUUAAGAUGAAGCUUAUUUGGCUGAAGCAGCAACAGCAGUUUUUUGUUGUCAGUCUGGCUGUCUACGUUGCAGUCUUCAAGGUCAACCGGCACUUCGGUACCCAGUACUGAAACCUGUUUGAAGGUCUUUCUUUUUGUUUAGUCGAAUUAUGCUGUUCAGUUCAGUCUUUUUUUUUGUAUUGAGAGACUGAGUUGUAAAGUUUACGCAGGCCCAUUGAAAUAAAUGCAGACAUGGUGCUGAAUGUAUUAAAGAACUUCCUUCUUUGGUAUCUUGUGACCUGAGGACAAAUAAAACAGUUUCAGUUGUGAUACUAAAACCAUGCUGGUGUUAAUGAUACCUGAUGUUCUCUAUUGCAUUGUUAUUGAAUUUGAUUUUUUAUGCAUCUAUUGACUGUUACAACUUCAAAGCCUUUUCAUUUUGUGUGAAAAUAAAAAUAUG